AUGAAACGCACGCCUACGUGGUGUCCAGUUGGUAAUGGUGGUGGUGGUCUCCUGGUUGGUCUCCUUGGUCUUUGGGAGGUUGUGGCGCGGCGGCAUGUGGGCACUUGGCGAUAUCUUGCCCAUGUCGAAGGUGAUUUCAGGAUCGAGACCGACCAGCGCGGCGUGCUCCUGUUUUCGCACGAGCCUGCUUUGGGCACGGCUGUUUCCGGAACUUUGCUACCUCAGGAGAAGAAGUGGCUGGAGACGACCCUGUGUACCAGCGGGGGCGAGGCGGGCGAGGCUGGCGUGGCGCGAGUGCGCUACUCCGAGAAGACGGAGAGCAUGAUGUACGCUUUUCGGCCUCCUGGCUCCCAAGAGUUCCGGCCACCCACAGCCGCCUACCGGGCGAUGACGUCGCAGGAGGCCAACCGAGUCUCCGCCGAAAGCGCGGUCGCGCUGGCCAACAAGGCGUCGAGGAUUCUGGAGAAAGGGCUUGCCAGUUGCAGUGCCGGAUCCUGGCAGCUGGCAAAACGUGACCUGAACUGC